CGCUUUGAAUGGAUUAGUGGAGAAUUCAUGAAAUUCAUGUGCGCGCGUGUUAAACUCGGUCGGUUUUUCCCGACAAACUAAAGAAUUGUCAUUGCAAAUGUAAUUAUUUGUGAAUUAAAGUGAUUUUUUAGAAAAAUUCUAUAGUGUUUUUAUAAUUAAAAAAGAAAACUGUAAAUAAUAGACAUACAAAAUGAUUUUGUUAACAAUGAUAGCGAGGAUAGGUGAUGGUUUACCAUUAGCUGCCACUAUACAGGAUGAUGAACAGAGUGGAAGAAAUAUUUUGGAAUUUCAAAAUCAAGCAAAAAUGUUAUUUAGAAAACUUGGACCACAAUCUCCUUCUAGAUGUUCCAUUGAAACUGGACAAUAUCUUUUUCAUUAUUUAAUAGAAAACGACGUUUGCUAUUUGGUACUCUGUGAAAGACAUUACAGCAAACGAUUAGCUUACAGUUAUCUUGAAGAUAUAGCACAAGAAUUCCAUUCUCAGUACGGAAGAAGAGUAAAUACUGUCACUAGACCUUAUACAUUUAUAGAAUUUGACACUUAUAUUCAAAAAGCAAAAAAGACGUUUUCAGAUAGUAGAUCUAGAAGAAAUAUGAGUGCUUUGAAUAAUCAACUUCAAGAUGUACAAAGGAUAAUGGUUCAAAAUAUAGACGACGUAUUGACAAGGGGAACUGUUCUAUCGGAAUUGGACUCGAAAACACAAAAUUUGUCAAUGCUGUCCCAAAAAUACAGAAAGGACGCAGCGCAUUUAAACAGCAAAUCAAUGUAUAUAAAAGCAGUUGCCGGAAUUGUGGCAUUACUCGUCUUCCUUUUAUAUUUCUUUAUUCUUUAGUUUUAUCACAACAAAGGCCUAUAUUUCACAAUAUUGUCUAGAUAUAUGUAGCGUUAAAAAAAAAAAGAUCAAAUUGUGUAUUCAUUAUACACAUUUUGAGAGCGUCAAAAAAAGCCGGAGAAAAAAGACAAAUUUUCAUUAUUAGAAAGAGAAAAAAAAAAAUUUGUAAAUUUAUCUUUAAAAGUUCUUUCGAUGAAUUUUAUCCCCUUCUCUUUUGUUCUUAUUUAAGUACAACUGAGACUGUAAAUUUAGUAAUAAUUAUGCCAUUUUUGCAACAAAAAAAAACAAAUCAUCCGUUUAUUGAAUUUUAGAAUAGAAAUUUAAACCUUUUUUCACUAAAAAGAAUUUUAAUCUGAAAUUAUCAGUUUGAAAUUCAAAACAUUUUAUUUCACUUAUUCGAAAUAAUUGUCUUUUUCUUAAUUUUAAUAAUCAUCCGAUAAAAGUUGAAGAAAAAAGUUACGACUAUUUUUUCAAUUUAUUAAAUUAAAUAAUCUUGGUAAUUUAUAGUAUUAAUAAUUAAUUAAAAUAUGUUAUGUGAUUGUAGGGAUUGUUGGAUGCAAAUCUAUAUAAAUGUCUGAACAAUUUUUUUUUUUUUUAGAAUAUUACGGGGUAGAAAAGAUUUGUAUUAUGUUAUUUUUAUGUGUAUAUCUGUAUUAGUGCAUUCAUUAUGGAAAUAUUUACAAUAAUAAAAAAAGAAAAGAAAUUAAUUAAUA